GGCGUAGUGAGCGGGCUUUGGCGGCGUCGAUGGUCCUGGUGCUAGCGAAACAUGAACAAAAACCACCGAGUACCGAGCAGCCGUUCUCUGAGUGCCGUGGAGGUGAAAAGCAAGUUUGGCGCAGAGUUCCGUCGGUUCUCUCUGGAUCGCUCGAAGCCAGGCCGCUUUGAUGAGUUCUAUGGCCUUCUGCAGCAUGUUCAUCGCAUCCCCAACGUGGAGCUGCUGGUGGCCUACGCCGAUGUGCACGGCGACCUGCUGCCCAUCAACAAUGAUGACAAUUAUCUCAAGGCCGUCAAGAGUGCCAACCCUCUGCUGAGGCUCUUCCUGCAGAGGAAAGAGGAAGCUGAUUAUACAACAUUUGGUACAGACUCACUGACCAGGAAGAAGAAUACAGUGCUUUCUGCGGUUCUUCUGCGGCCUGACCCCAACAAGAAGAAGCCUCCAGUGAUCAUAAGCCUCCCGAAAGACUUCCGCCCUGUGUCGUCCAUCAUCGACGUGGACAUUCUCCCGGAGACGCACAGGCGUGUCCGUCUGUACAAGCAUGGUCAGGAGAAGCCCUUGGGUUUCUAUAUCCGUGACGGAUCAAGCGUGCGAGUGACUCCACAGGGCCUGGAGAAGGUCCCAGGGAUCUUCAUCUCCCGCCUGGUGCCCGGCGGCCUGGCUGAAAGCACAGGCCUGCUGGCUGUCAACGACGAAGUUCUGGAGGUGAAUGGCAUCGAGGUGGUGGGCAAGUCUCUGGACCAGGUGACGGACAUGAUGAUUGCCAACAGCCACAACCUCAUCAUCACUGUUAAGCCUGCCAAUCAGCGGAACAAUGUUGUUCGCGGCGGUGGAGGAGGAGCCGGUGCUGCUUCUGGUAGUUCGUCGGACAGUGGUGCCAGUUACCAUGGCUAUUUACCCCAUGGUGCAGCUGCCACCGCCAGGCCGACACACAUCAUCCAGAACUUCCCUGUUGGGGAGCUGGAAAGCGACGAAGAUGAUGAGGACCUGGUGAUCGAAGUGGGGGGCGAAGCAGAGACCAUUCGGCGCACUCCGUCGAACUACAGCAUGCCGUCUCUGCCUCGCUAUGAACCGCACCUCAAUCUUCGCACCACCACUGCCACCAAUUCCGGCUCUGCCUUCUCCAUAAAUGCCAACGGGAACCUGCGUGGCAGCAGCGGAUCUUUGACCAACACCAAUGCCAGUUCCACCACUCCGUCCCCCGACAGAGCAAAGGAGAGGCGGAGCCUAGAGGAGGAGGGCACAGUCAUCACGCUGUAGACUGGGUUUCAAUACACUGAUCACUGGGAGGUGCAGCAGCGUCUCAAACGCAUUCAGUGGCCUCAUCUGAGGAGCACAUUUACAAGUGUAUGUGUUGAAUGUCAAACACCACAUCGUAUGCUGCUCCCUACAUGCCAAUCAUCACGCUGGAGUGCCAUAGUGGUGAUCAGAAGGAACACAGCACCACAGCUGCUCUCCAGUUCAUCUCAAAACCAGUGCAGUUCAUAGGUUUUAGCUUUUUAACUGGUAAACUCAACAUCCUCAUUUGGUCUUCAAAUAUUUUCAGUGAACAAGUUGGCUCCAUGGCAUUACAAACACUCUUUCCGAUUUUGGUCGAUAUCAUUUUUUAGAUAAGAUUGGUGAGUAAGAUCAGUUUCUUAUGCAAGUAUCUGCUGAUUGCUGAUCUCCCAAAAUUAAGGAAAUCGGGUCGAUUUAUCAGUGCACCCCUACUCUCUCUGGUUCAGUUAUUAGUUGACAAUCGCCUUUAAUCACCUGCUUUUCACCUAUUUACAUUUACUUCAUUCAAAUGGUAAACACCACUUUCCAGGAACCAAGCAAGUCGUGGUUUUGAUGGUUUUUAACCACUGUUAUUCUUCCUUUUUGAACCUCGUAAGGGUGACUGACUGCAAAAAGAAGGUUAUCAUUAUUAUUAGAUGGCCUCAGUGAAAACAUUUUACUCUUAAACCUGCUUUAUUUUCAUUGCUAUUCAUGGAGAUUUUUUUUUCCUCAGAAGACCAAUUUUGAGUGGUGAUUAACUCCAGAAUAAGAAAUCUGUGAAUGAAUCAUACAAUCUGUCCUUCAUAUUGCACUCCUGCUUCUCAUGAUUGUUUCCUCUGCCAUUUGGUCGACUUGUAAAAUAAUGUGAAUGUGAUUUUCAUGGUUCUUUAUGGAUCAAUAUAUUUAAGAUUAUUCAGCCAUUUUCUAAAUCAUGCCAUGACUUCAUAAAGAUACACUUUUUAGCACCACUGGUGAAGAUGUUAAGUGAAACAGAUCGAAACGUAAAAGAAACCAAAAUUUAAGUCCCCGAAAAAACAAAAAUCCCUAUAAAUAAAAUUUUGAUAUGGAGUGCAUGUUAGCAUGAACUCUUCAAAGGGUAAACCACAAAAAUGUGUGUAUGAUAAUGAUUGAAAACAUGCCUAAAUGCUUCCAGAAAUGGGUUUUAGAUUAGUGUUUUUUUUUUUUUGUUUUUGUUUUUUUUUUACUAACGGGAUUUUCUCUAACUCUGCCAUUUACCAUCAUUCCCAACUAAUCCCGCAUUUCCAUUCAGUUGUAAUAUAUUGACAAGCGUGCUGACGGUCCAGAAAUAGCGUUCCUGUAACCAUGUUGUUAAAUGUUACCUCUGAGGUGAGUUAGAUAACGUGUCCAUGUCCCUGCUGAGGUUGAGUCACCGCUGAACACACAGCUAGGUACAGCUGACACAAACUCUCUCUCUUUGUUAAAGGUGAGGCCCUGCCGUCAUAUGAACCACAUGAUAAUUAUCCAAGAACCGCCAAAGGAGCCAUUUUUGCCCUGUCUUUGUGUUCUCCAUUUUCUUUAAUUCUCUUGAAUUUAACCUCCAGUGUCUUGUAUUUUUUUAUUUUAAAAAGUCUAUAUCAUCUCAAAAGUAAAUGACUAAAAUGAAAGUGUUAUGGUGAUGUAAAAGUAGAUCCACAGAGGAAGUACUGUGGAUUUAUGCCUCACUGAAACUGAAAUGACGCAUACUCAGCAAAUCAAAGUGAAAUAUCUGCUCAUUAUGUGGAAUAAUUAUGAUAAACAUAUUGAUUUUUGAAGGGUGCACACAUUGUAAUCAUGUCCUUAAACAAUCUGAUAACAUACAGUAAUAUUUUUCCAGUUCAUAUACUUCACACCUCAGUUUGACUCAUAAACUUCAGUAAAAACACAAGUAAGCACAAAAUAAUGAAUGAAAGAUAAAGACUAAAGACUUUAAAAUGUCAUCUGGGAAAAAAAUGACCCCCUCUGGUGGUUCCAGGUGGUACUGAAAUGUUGGUGGUUUUUAUUGUUUUCACAAAAUCUUCAAAAUUGUCCUCCUUUGAUCUAACAUUUCAAAUGCUUUUACAACAAUAUCUUAAAAUAAUUGAAUCGAAAGCCUUUCAAUUCCAGACGGAACCAUAAACAGCAGGUCCAUUUCUGUUGCAAACUCCCUCUGUGAAGUGAGAGCACAUGGUCUGGAUUUUUAAGCAUCUGUUCUCCUUAUUGAAGUGCUAAGCCUUACUUUAGCAUUUAUUUUACUGUUGCACAUAAAACCAUGGUCCACGCUGUCACUUUUAGCAAAUUAUGCAAGUGAAAGUAGAUUCAUUUAAAUUGACGCUACGCUUAUGUCCAUAAUUUGUAGCUGUGUUUACAAUCUGAGACUUUUAGAUUGUGAAAUUCCAUGACUGAUUAAAAGAUGUUUUUAUAACGGCACAGGGUACUUACUAUGUUUGAUGUUUUGGCCUUGUGUCUGGUCCACAAAAUGCAGCAUUCCCAGCACUAAACAUAGCAAAGAACCAUACUCUAAAUGGAAUUCUAUAAUUAUUACUUUAUUAGCUUUAUUUGUGAACUACAGCACAGGACACUGGAAUUGUAACUACAUCAACAUAUUUUUUAUUUAUUCUGUAAUCUUCAUAUUUUCUUUCUUUGUACACAUUUUAUGCUAUUAUAUUUUUUAUAACAGAUAUGUUUGUUGUGUAUUCAUGAUCAUUUCUUUUUUGUUUUUGGUCGUAAAUCUCAAGGUACAGUAGAGAUUUCUUUAGAAUUAAUUUCUAUUGAUUUUACCGCUCUGUUUAAAGCUUCAGGAGAAUCUCUGCUAAAAAAAAAAUUCAACACUAUUUCUAUUUUCUUUUCUCAUACUGUGAAUUAUUAUUUUUGGUGACAGCGACACAGUCAUAUUAACAACCACAUAGGCAGAUGUUUGGUGUCGACUUUUUUUAAGUGAUCAGGUAAUAACUUUCUUUUUCUAGCCAGAUAAAUCCUGUGAUGUAGAUUUGUAAUGAAGAAUGUCAGUAUUUUCAUAUCAAUGCUAUAUGUACGAUGGACAAUUUUAUCAUCUGAAGGAUAUUGUUAUAAGAUUGAACUGGAAAUAUAAGAAAAAGUAGAUGCACACUUGUAACUGCUGACUGGCGGAGCUGGAUACAAUAAACUAAUGUAGCAAUA